ACGGGGGUGAGCAUUUUGCACAUGCUCAGUAGGGGACAGGACGCAUUUAGAUGCAGGGUUCAUUUUGCCACGGCUGCGGGAGGAGGUGCUCGGUCCGUCACGGCUCUGCCGUGGCGCGCUGCAGGUUCCCGAGCCCCCUCCGGCUCUAGGAAAGGGGUGGGGGGAAGCGGGGGCUGCGGCGUCCUGCGCUCCGGCGGUGGGGGGCGCCCUGUGAUCAGCUGUACUUCUGAGACUUAUGCCCUCAAGAUGAAGUUCUUACUGGAAAUUCUCUUUUUUGUUUUGUUGUCUUUAUGGGUUGAAGAAGCAUAUUCCAAAGAGAAAUCUUCAAAGAAAGGAAAGGGGAAAAAGAAGCAAUAUCUCUGCCCAUCCGAGCAGUCAGCUGAAGAUCUUGCAAGAGUACCUGUUAAUUCUACCAGCAAUAUCUUGAAUAGGCUGUUGCUCACUUAUGAUCCCAGGAUAAGACCAAAUUUCAAAGGAAUUCCAGUCGAUGUAACAGUCAACAUUUUCAUUAACAGCUUUGGAUCAAUCCAAGAGACAACGAUGGAUUACAGAGUUAACAUCUUCCUAAGACAAAAGUGGAAUGACCCCAGACUUAAAUUGCCCAAUGACUGGAGGGGUUCAGAUACACUGACAGUGGACCCUACAAUGUUUAAAUGUCUGUGGAAACCAGACUUGUUCUUUGCAAAUGAAAAGAAUGCCAACUUCCAUGAUGUCACUCAAGAAAAUAUUCUUCUAUUUAUAUUUCGGGAUGGAGAUGUUCUAGUCAGUAUGAGAUUAUCCGUUACUCUGUCAUGCCCUUUGGACUUGACCUUGUUUCCUAUGGAUACACAGCGUUGCAAGAUGCAAUUGGAGAGCUUUGGUUACACAACUGAUGAUUUACGAUUUAUCUGGCAAUCUGGAGAUCCUGUUCAGUUAGAAAAAAUUGCUUUGCCCCAGUUUGACAUUAAAGAAGAGGAUAUUGAAUAUGGUAACUGUACCAAAUAUUAUAAAGGCACAGGUUAUUACACUUGUGUAGAAGUAAUCUUCACUUUAAGAAGACAAGUUGGAUUUUACAUGAUGGGUGUUUAUGCUCCUACACUGCUAAUUGUUGUUCUGUCGUGGCUGUCAUUUUGGAUCAAUCCUGAUGCAAGUGCUGCAAGAGUGCCACUGGGUAUCUUCUCAGUGCUCAGCUUGGCAUCUGAAUGUAUGACUCUUGCUGCUGAACUCCCCAAAGUGUCUUAUGUGAAGGCCUUAGAUGUCUGGCUGAUCGUUUGUCUUCUUUUUGGGUUUGCUUCACUGGUUGAGUAUGCAGUGGUUCAGGUAAUGCUGAACAAUCCAAAGAGAAUUGAAGCUGAGAAAGCAAAAAUUGCCAAGGCAGAGCAAGCAGAAGGGAAAGGAGGCAAUGUAGCCAAAAAGAACACGGUAAAUGGUACAGGGACCCCUGUGCACAUCAGCACUUUACAGGUUGGCGAGACCAGAUGCAAAAAAGUUUGCACCUCAAAAUCUGAUCUGAGAUCCAAUGAUUUUAGCAUCGUUGGAAGCUUGCCGAGAGAUUUUGAAUUAUCCAACUAUGACUGUUAUGGAAAGCCCAUUGAAGUCAACAGUGGGCUCGGGAAAUCUCAAGCAAAGAACAACAAGAAGCCACCUCCUCCCAAGCCUGUCAUUCCAUCAGCAGCAAAGCGAAUUGAUCUUUAUGCAAGAGCAUUGUUUCCUUUCUGCUUCUUGUUCUUCAAUGUCAUAUACUGGUCCAUAUAUUUAUGAUAAAUCUUUUAUUUUUUCAUUUGUGUAAAAUAUGUCUCAUUUCAUUAUUCCCUUUCCCAAUCAUGAAGGCCAGUCUGUGAAAUUAUUUUGCAUUUGCAAAGCAAUAUAUUGCAUUUGAGAUGCCAUGCGAUUGUAAUGAAAAUAUGGCAUCUUAAUUUUGAAUGAAAGCAUGACACUGUAAUGUCUGUGCUGAAACCAACUGUUGUAUAUAAAUGUACAGCAUACAUCCUGCUUUAGGAAUAUAUGACAGAUGAUGCAUACCACAUUAUUAAAGCAAAAUAAUUAUCUUCCAUUAUUAACAUACAGAUUUAAAGUGUUUCUGAUAACGAAACUGAUGUGCAUGUUGAGUAUUAAGAUCAAUAUUCUAGUACAUGUAGUAUUUAACAGCUCUUCUUAUGACUUUCAGAGAAAAAAAUUUGUUCCUGUAUAAUUUUAAAUGGCACUGUUAAAGAAAAAGCUAAGUUGUAAUUAAUAUUAUUUAGACUUUGUAAGUAAGUGGAGAAAGUACUGACUAAGCUGAUCUUGUCUAUGUGGAAAAAUAAAGAUCAGAGAAUAACUAAUUUUGCAAAAUUAGCUCAUUUAGAAAUAUUACUUUGCAUCCUUCAAGCAAACCAACUGCAAAAGUGAGUGCAAAUGUGUUGGCAAUAAAUAUUGGACCAAAUUUUGGUAGCCAUCUCCACAAGGCACACGUUUGAAAACCUGCAGGCAGAAGAGAAAUGAGGGCUAGAGGCUGUCCUUCCUUUUUCUAGAACAUACCCCCCAAAAAUCUAUCAACAGGCCACUCUCCAGGCUUCUAAGCAACAGGAAUUGUGGAGCAGCAUCACAGGGUAGGGUUUAAAAUCUGUACCUGUCUCAUCUGUGGCAAACCCUUCCAAGCUUGCAGUGUAGGAGUCACAGUCUGGUCUGGUUUGCAUGGGUUUGCAGUUUCUGAAGUUCAAAAGGCUUGAAUAUAAGUGAACCCAUUAUUCCUAUGGUCAAAUUCCAUCAUGACCCAUAUUCAAGGUUUGCAUUUUCACACGUUAGAACAAAUCACCAAAAAUAAGGCCUAGCAACUAUAAUGAAAGGGACAGGUUUCUGAUUCUGAACAACUCAGAGGCUGAGGCCCAUAUAAAAAGUCUUCUUGUGCAGAGGCUAGAGAGCACGGGUGCAGUGUCUGUCCAUACCAACCCAUUUACACUGCUGCUGCUUGUUGAGAAUGAAAUCCUAAAUGUAGUAAGGGUGUGACAGGAGUUCUGAUGAGAAGCUGCUCUUUAUUUU